AUGGAGGAACGAGAGAAAGGGGAGAGGAAGGAGAACGCCAAAAACAAUGUUGGCACACCCGAGACGCCAAUUUCCAGGAGCCAGACGCUCUUGGGGCUUGUCCCGUGGCGUUUCUCGAAGACCCCGCAACUUGGUGCGAUGGGCUGAGGGCCACUAGAUGCUUCCACUCCCCCUGGUCCCACCUCGACGUGAGGCAGAGUCCAACAUCAGCUAGCAGCGGCUCCGCUGCGCAGCAGGAGGCUACAGCUGACAGGUUCUGCACGCGGGGGCUGAGGGCCGUGAGCCGAGGCAUCGGGGAUCCGCUUGCCCGGCGGGCCCACCGAGGCGACCCUGAGGCCGCGGGCGGGGCGAAAGCAGGCGCAGCCGCCCGAUCGGGGUCGUCGUCGUCGUCAUCGUCGUCAUCAUUUUCAAAAGACGCUGGGCGGUCUGGGCUCGUCGGGCUCCACGGUGCUCUCCAGCGCUGGCGCCCCAAGGCGGGGGCGCUUGGCAAGGCAUGCCAGAGGGGCCGCGGCCGACGGCAGGGCCUGAUGGCCAUGCCAGGUCCGGCCAGGCACACAAAACACUUAAGCGGAGGGGAGAAGGGGAGGCUCGGCGCGGCGAGGUGGAGUGAGACGAGGCCACGCGGCGCGAGGAGAUAUGAGGGGCGAGGAGGAGGCGGAAUUGAGAAGGGGUUCUUAGAAAGGCCUCAUCCCCUGCGCCUGACAGCGUCGCAGGGAUGCACUAGCGCCAGCACUCGCUCGAAUCUCCAGGGGCGCUUCUCGAUCCAGCGUCGCUAACGCAGAGGGGACUGCAUCUGUACAGAGUAGAUACAGCACGAACGGCAAGUCGAUAUAAACUGUUGUGACGGAGGAAGGGGGCAGCGAGAGGGGGAGCGAGAGGAGGGAAGAGAGGAGACGGAGAGAGAGAUAGAGAGAGAGGGAGGAGCCUGCGCCCCACACACGCGAACAGCCCCGCCCGAGCGAAUGGUGGCUCCCCACCCAUUCGGGAAACUCGGCUGGACACCAGAAGCGCGGUCGACGGGCGAGGAGGGCGAAAAGAAGGAAGAGCACCCACCAACAGAGGCAGCCCGGAGGCAGCGGGAGGAUCGGAGCCCUACGGCACGCGCGCGGUCGGCGGCCCAGGACGGUCGCUAAGACGCAAAAGUACAACUCCCCCAUUCCC